AUGCCUAAGACUACAACUAACUGUGAGAGAUUGAUCCAAUCAAGCAGCUGGGAGGCUCAAUUGGCUGAAUUUCGAUCUAUUCUUCGUGUGCUUUCAAUGGGUAAAGGUCUGGCAAAGCACGGGUUCAAGAGCGGUGUCCUACCGGUGACUAGAUCCAUACUGAAAAAUCCUACCACUAAACAAGAGACCAUUGUUGCGAAAGUCAAUGCUCCAAAGCCAAAAGGACCUAAGGGAGUAGGCUACGCGGAGGGAGUUGCCCACCCAAAAAAUUCUCACAGGGAGCCCAGUCGUGUGAAGUUUUUGGACGUUGAAGAACUGAUUCAGAAGACUGCAGCAGCACCAUCAGGCAUUAAAGCUAGUGUGACACCACAGCAACAGACGAAAUUGCGAAAGGCAGAGUUGAGAAGACAGUACCUGUCGGAAGCGUUCCGCCAAGAGGAAGCCAGAUUGAUAGCGCUGGGCAAACUGAUGGAAGAGAAGAAAGAAGCGCUGGAACAGGAGAGAAAAGCGGAGAUAUCACUGUUGAAUCAGAGCAAAUCGUCGGAUUUAACCAUUCCAACGUUGGAGGGCAUACUGGAGGGCCCGUUGAUGAGACAACGAACCCCUGAGGAGAAGAAACUUCACAGGAUGAAGCGCAAGUAUAACAGGGAAGUGAUGGAAUUCAGGGCCAAGGAGCGGAAGCUGGAGGACUUGCUACACCUGUACCACGUUUCGGAUGAAUUCAUCGUCACCGAAGCGCAGCUACUGAAGAAGAUCGACGAAGCCUUUGCCAACGAAGGCUCUGACGUACUCAGAACAAGACUAAGCAUGGGAGCCUCCAGAAUAAGGUCCAGAAACGAGAGCAGCAUCGGCGACGCGCUGUUCGGCACGCUGGGAGCCGGCGAGCACGUCGGCCUGCCACCUGUGAAAGAGUUUCUAAGCGGCGAAAUGAAGAGCUUUGCAGACCAAGUCGAUCUGAAAAGCUCACAGAUAAUAGCCCAGAAGAAGAGCGACGUCGACACCAUCCUUCAGGCUUGA